GCUUUUUGUCCUUCCCUCCUAGUGAAUGGAAAUAAAGAUUGGAUCAGAAAUGAUCCUCUGGUCCUUUUCUUAACUCGGUCCCGGCGCGACGGCAGCGCAUGAAUAUUAUCGUGCGCGUGCUACUUCGGAAGUAGGUCACCGCUUCAGCCGCGUCUUGUCAGCUGCUGCUGCUCUUCUCCUCCUCGGUUCGCUUCCCUGCUGAACAUCGAGCUUUUUUUUUUUUUUAUAACCGAAUAACCGAAUCCGGGAAUUUCACCGCUUUCGGAAUGUGACGCUUUUUUCCCCCUCUCUCUCUAUUCGGCUGACAGAGUGCACACGGAAGGAUCUCCAUGGAAGGUUGUAAUGACACAUGCACGGCAGAGGAACUCUUUAUGUAGAUACCGAAGUGAAUCCAAGGAGCAGGUGAGCUGCCAGACACAUGCUGAAACCAUGGGCAGAACCUGGCCAGAACGCCCAGUGCUAGAAAAGAAGACUAAAAGGCAUUCCUAUAAGAGAGGAAGAGAUAAGGAAAUAAAGCAGCAAAGCACAGAUAGCGACCGGAAGCUUUAUCCCCUCAGAGGACGGCAGGGAAUGAGUGACGUGGGUUCCUUAAACUGCUGUGUUCUACUGACUCGCUUAGAAGAAGGAGGAACUUGUAAGGGCAGCAUGAAAGCUGUGCAUAAGAACAAAGGGAAAAGGAAUAUGAAGGUAAAGAAGGGAAGGCCCAAACACUGCAAGUGUCGGAAAAAGGGCUGCAAAGCAUGCCAGCCAACGCCUGGACCAAAACGCAACCCCAAACUUGACAAAACUGCCUUAUACUUGGACCUCCUAGAACCUCGAAAGCGACGGUUGGCCUCUCUUAACGCAGAAGCAGUCAACAGCCUGUUGUUGUUUCGAGAGGAUUCCCAAAUGUCCAAAAAACAGCAGAAUUCUCAAAAGGUUGAUGGUGAACUCCCAAAGGGAGAACUCGACAGUUCAAAGAAAGGACCAGAAGGCCAAAAACGGACGCAUCCAGGAGAAAGAGAGGAGAAUACAAAUCCGAAAAAAAAAAAGAAAACAAAGACAGAGUCUGAACAUCUGGACCAGCUGAAUCUCAACAGUCCAACCCCACGGCGUCUAGCAGGUUUAAAUGCGGCUGCUCUUCUGAAACUAACUAGCACCUCAUCCGGAGCAAAACGGCGAGUGAAAACGGACGGCAAGCCAGGAAGCGGCGGAGCACGAACAAAACAACUGCAGGGAAAGAAUAAAAAACAACCGAGCCCACCGUGCCUGUCCAAGCCGUCGUUAUCUCAGCAGUGCUGCAACCUCUGCAAGAAGGAGGUGCUCAAGACUGACACUUUGUGGGAAGGGACUUCCGGGGGCCACGACUUCAUCAAACCUGGAUACCAGUGCAGGUCUAUGCUGAGCUACUCCUUGAAGCCUGUGAAAGAGGAGAAAACUGAGACUGAUGUGAAUUCAUGUUACUGCUGUUCCCAAGAGAGAUCUGUGGAAUACUGUCACCGGUUAGCCCUGUUCCUUGGCCAGAAGGCGUAUCCUGAAUCAGAACAGCAUCCGUUGCCAUCUGUAAAAGGAUUCCUUCCAUCCCCUCACACACUAACCCACCCAGCUUUGACCCUAGGUGCUCAUUCUUACCCAUGCUACCCUGGUUACUAUGUACACAUUUCGCACCAUGGGACAUCCUCACUUCCUGUAAGUACGAGUCCCGGACCCCACGCGCCACCUUCCGUACCUCCUAUUACACUGUGUCCUACUGGGGUCCAGAGACCCAAACUACUGCCCUCGCCAGUGUCUCAUCCUUCAGCAAUUCCUCAUCCAGUGUACUGCAACUCUUUGGGGACGUGUUAUGGAGAAGCGUGUAGAAUCAGCGGCUGUGCCUACAGACACACUCAGCCCAUCGCUAACAGGACCUGCUCAUUCAGUGCCGGAUGCUCCAGCUGCAGCCACAAAAUCAAGAUGGAGGACUACCCCUACCCAUUGGACAAGCACAGCCCCUCUAUUUCCAUGCCCCCCACCUUGCCCCUGUCUGUCUGCCCCAUCCCCAGCGUGCCAGCUGCCACCCAGGCCAUGCCCCACCUGCAGUCCCCUCUGCCGGACACUGGGCGUCCUCAGGUCCAGUUACACGUAGGCCGAGAGUGCCCUCAAAGUGCCAAACCACCCAGCAGCUCCCGCUCUGCCAUACGGGACACAGCUGUCUGCCCCCAUGUGAAGGAGGGCCAGCUGGGAGCCAGCCAUGGCAGUCCAAGCACCAAACAGGCCAAGAUCAAUCGGCGGCGGGCCACCAACGGCUGGCUGCCUGUGGGCACAGCAGCUGAAAAGGAGGUAUUCAUAGUGGCUGAGGAGACACCAGCACUACGCAGGUGCUAUGAAGGAGUGCAGAGAGACGGAGAAGUAAUCAGGGUGCGAGACACCGUGCUGCUACGUUCUGGCCCCCGAAAGAAGUCCCUCCCCUAUGUGGCUAAAGUGUCUGCCUUCUGGGAGGACCCUGAGUCAGGGGAGCUGAUGAUGAGCCUGUUUUGGUACUACCGUCCAGAGCACACUCAAGGGGGCCGCAAUCCCAGUAUGCACUGUGAGAACGAGAUUUUUGCAUCCCGGCAUCAGGACGAGAACAGCGUUGCGUGCAUCGAGGAUAAGUGCUACGUCUUGACAUUAGCACAAUAUUGCAGAUUUUGUGCCUUGGUGAAGCGUCGUGAGGAGGGUCAUCCCAAAAGUGCCCCACUGGUCCCUCCGGCUCACAAUUACACCAUUCCAGCUCAUCGCAGCGUGCCCACUGACAUCGACCCUGACCUGGUGUUUGUCUGUCGCCAUGUUUACGACUUCCGCUACGGCCGCCUUCUGAAGAACCUGCAGUAGCGCUAGUAGUAGAAACGUUUGCUAUCGUGGAGCCAUACACUGAAAACCCAGAGUCCAUAAGGUGAAGAUACAAUCAAUAUCCUAAUCAAAGGAAUUCCUGAAAGGCCACAGGACUGUCAAAAGUUAGGCUGCUCUUUCCAGACUCCAUAUUUGUACAAGCUGAAACAAAUUCAGUUUGCUGUUUUAGCAGAAUGCUAUGUUGAGCACAACUUGGGACAGAUCUGAUGGCCAAUGUGUGAUCUGUAACUCCAUGAAACUGCUUAUAUAUUUAUUUGGCUUGUCAAUAGUUAUAUUUUAUACUCGCUGGAUUUGUGUGUGGAAGAAAAAAAAAAAUCAAAGUUGUAGGUACAUAUUUAAGAGGUACCUUAAAUUAUGAAUUAGACUAUAAAUAUGCCCAUAUUGGCUGUAGAGUUAUUUAUUUAUAGAUAUAUGGUGGAAAUAUUUAUUUUUAGAGCAAUUAAAUGAAUGGGUUAAGUAGACAAGGCCAAGAGUACUUCCCCAAAUCAACUCUUAACCAAUCACAUACCAAUUUGUCUAUACCAUGCAGGACCAUAUGAUGUAUUCUGGUGGACCAAAUACCCCAGAGUUCCUCAUCUAGCAAUUGGCUAAUUUUUGCUAUGGAUUGACCAAUUAGAUUUUUGAACGAUCUCUCAUCCUACUAUAGCUCGUGAGGACUUGCCUUACACCUUAGAAAGAGAGUGUCUCACCUCCCUUCGUCACAUCCUGCCUUUCCAGCAAACCAAAGCUUUCACACGGCGCCGCUAAACAUACAAGCCCCCUCCCUCCGGCCAUCCAAAGUUUGCACUAAUACUGCUACUGACUUUAAAUGGAGGAAAAAUACUGUGUAUUUGUUGUAUGUGUAAAUACAGAACAGAGAGAAUUAAUGUCUCCGAUUCUAUAAACCGAGGGAGGUAAUCUGUCCCAUUUCCAAGCGUGCGAAUAGAAAAGAAUUGCCUUGCACACACACUUCUGCUUUCAGUAUGUGCCAUUGUCCCCCCCCCAGCGUUACCUUUAGAUACGCUUGUUUCAUAUACAAGAUCAAUAUGAAAAAAAAAAAAAAACUAUUUCAUAUGGUCUUUUUGUGCCUUUAAUAGUAAUAGAUAGUCUGCGGUGGAAAAAAGAAUCAACUGGAGGUUUUCAUCCUCCCAUUCAUGGCUCUUUUGCUUCCUUUACCCAGCUUGGUUUGUAUCAUGCAGCAGUUUGUGAUAACAAAAAAAAAAGCCAUUCCUUAUGAGUCUCAUUGCACUAUAGUGACCCUCACUCUCAACUGCUCAGAUAAAAAAAAAAAAAGGGAAAAAAAAUUGACCUGGAGGUCAAUUCAGGAAUAAUAGAAAGGCCGGAAAAAUCCGGACAUUUUCCAGGCAGCAUUAUCACCUGGGUGCAUUGGACCACAGAACUGGAAUGAGCCCUGCCAUUUUUUUGCAAAGAGAAAAGCAUGAUGUAGGACGUGUACUUUUCUUCUACUGAAUCAAAUACAAAAGAUUUGACAAAGCAUGAUUUCCUGCUGUUAGGAAAAGGCUGCUAUGACUUUCUGAUCCAAUUCGCUUCACUCAGCGUAGGUGAAGUUGCGUAUCUGAAAAAUCAUAUAUAAGCAGAGUAUAAGGCAGCUGGAACUGAGAGGAACAGCUUACCAGAAGACAUGCCUUUUUUUCCUUCUCAUUUAAGGCCUUGAUGCAGUGAACAAGCAUAUACUUGUUAUGGUUUUCAUUCAUAGCACAAAUAUGCUUCAGUGCUAAUACACACACACACACAAGUUUUUCAUUAACUAUCCAUUCCUCUUAACUAUUAAAAAAAUGUAUAUCAGUCACACGUGUAUUGUUGUGAUAGCUAGAAAAUGUGAUUUCUGUACUAGUUUAGUAUGCAUAUGACUCCAGUCAGUGCAUAAGAUACCCAUGUUUGACAGUAUCGGCCAAAAUGUACAGCAUGAAAGAAGGCAUAUCAUUUCCUUUCAGGUUUUCAUCUACCAUUUCUUUAUAGUGAAUUAUUUUUAUUUUUUUUAUUAUUUUUUUUUUUUAUUAAAGAAACAGCAGUUGGACAGUUGUUGUAGGUAGCACAACUGGCAGAUACUAUUGUAAGUUUAUAGUGCUAUUAGAGAUGAAUGGGUCAUUGAAUUAUUUGAAGUAUUUUGUAUAGUGUGUAGUCAGUCCCCACAGUCCAUACAGCGCUUUCUGGAAUUUUUUUUUUUAGCUGCAUCAGAAUUUUUUCAGUUUUCUCCGUACAGUGCUUAUGACGAUAUUUUACUUUUUAUGGUUAGCUAAGAAGGUACUAGUGUUUAUUUUAAAUUAUGAAUUGGAAAAUUAGAAUUAUGAAUUUUUCUAUCCAAACCUGACUGUAUGGAGGAGAGACUAAUAGUUUGCAAAAAUUGGAAAAGACCCAAUACUCUGUAUGGAAACACUGUAUGGGAGUUAAUGAUGUACACAUGGCGCUGUCUUCCUUUUGCUCAUCUCCAAUCGUAAUUACUACGGGGAUAUAUUAUUAGCAUGUAGUGAGUACAGUCAGUGUUCAUGCAAGAAGCAUUUGGCUUAAGGUCCAUCACAGCACUUUAGUCAUGUUAUCUGUUUCCAUUCCAAUAUUUCCUUCGUCUUUCAUAAAAAACGGUUCUUUUUUUUUCAUUUUUUUUUCCAUUCAUUUGUUGCAGCAUUGUAAACAUUUAUUUAAAAGUCUUACAUAGCAAGUACUGAGUAUUUUUGCUUUUCCUUCAGCAUUGUGAAUUGUCAAUUGCUUUAGUAGAAAGUUCUGGAUGAAAUCGUAGAGAGUUGUGUUCCAAAAUGGGCCAAGAGGAAGUGGGAGGUUAAUUCUAAGAUGUACAAAACUCACCAAGCGCUUUACUCCUUCGGUGAUGUGAGUGUGUGAGUGUAUGUGUGUGUAUACAGAUAUAUAUUUCAAUGCAGCAUGGAAGUACUGGGCAUUCUUGGAAAUUAGUCCCUAGCACAGCGCAUUUGUAUUAUUUAAGAUUUAAACGAAAAAAUGUAUAAGAGGAAAAUAUUUAAAUGGAAUAAAUAAUAUAUGAGUUUCA